CCAGAGUAUUGAGUUUCUGCACCAAAGAAAUUGUAGACAUACUGCUGAAUUCACUCUUAGUAUUUAAUCUACAAGCACUUUUUGAUGUCAGUGACUAAAUUGCGUUUUUGGAAGUCUAACAUUUAUUGCAUGUUUCUUAAGGACAGAAGAACUGUUAUAUACCUGCAACAAGUUUUUAUUUGAGAAAUAUUAUUCAGAGGAUGAAUUAAGGAAUAUAGUCUCUGGUCUUCAAAGCUGAAGUGAUUUUUUAAAGAAGAAGAGUGUCACUGAACAUGGAAAAACGGCACAUAAAGAAAGAAAUUGAAAAAUUGCUGAAACAUUAUAUUGGCACGAGACUUCGUGAAAACAGCUUUGAUCCCAAGGGUAAAGUGGAAUCAGUGGAGUCAUCCUACUUCAAUGAUUUGGCACAUUACGAUUUGGCGAUCAAUGUUGCUUUGCUUUGGCUGAAUGAAGAAGAAGAUCAGAAAGUUCUUGAAAGUGAAAAAUUGGUAAUUUCACGUCGUGCUAGGUCGAACUACCCAAAUGAAAUGGAGCGAGAAGCAAUGAUACUCUCUUCCUUUGCUGGAAUUCUAAUGAACAGUAUCCCACUAGAAGACAUUCUAAAGAUUUACAGAUAUAGGCCCUCAACUACUCAGUUCUGUAAGACAAUUACGACAAAUGUUCAAUCAUCCAGCAUUUCCUUGCACCCUUUUGCAAUGCUGACUGCUGCUUGUGCAGCAAAGCAUACUACAAAACAGGGUAUCAAACCUAAAGUGGGAAAAACUGCUUCAAAGCAGAACUUUAAGGGUCCUUCUACAGCAAUUCGAGCAGCUCACCAGCCUGAUGGUAGUUGUGAUGUUAUGCAGCAGAAUGCACAAUGUACAUCCAGUACAAAGAAUUUAAAGAAGAGAUGUGAUUUUGAAGGAGUUGCAGUAAAUACCACAGCCAGAGACUCUAUGUUUUGGAUGGCCGAUUGAAGGAUUCAAGUGGCCGACCUGAAGAUGAAAAGCUCAAUAUCUAACUUGAGUUUGGAAGAAAUAGAUGAUCAAUUUGCUCUCAUUCGUGACAAAAGAGAGAAAAUGUCCCUGUGCUCAAGAAUUUAUCAUUGCAAUUAAAAUUUGCAUAUGAACAAUUUUAAUAAAAUGCAAACCUUUUGUCCUCUACGAAUGAUAUGGUGAAAUACAUUUUAUUUAUAAAGCUGUUUGGCUGAUAAAAUAUGCCUGAAUUUGCAACAUCAAAUGUUAUGGAAAACUGAGCACUUGUAAUUUGAAAUUCUGUUUUUAAAUAAA